AUGGGCCGCGGCGGCGACGCCUGCGACGUCGGGUGCACGGCCGUCAUCGAGCGCACGACCGCCACCGCCCACACCGACGCCGACGUCGUGUCUCUCCGCUGCGACUCCACCGGCCGCACCGCGCCGGUCGAGCCGCCCGAUUCGCUCGACGCUCUGCUCUCUGCAGCAGCAGCCCUGCUCGGGUCGACGGUCCACGACGCGGCGUUCGCGUCGAGCGGAGAACCGCUCACCGAUCUCGCCUCCUGCGCCAACGGCGAGCGGAUUCGGCUCUUAACCACGCCGUCGGCGAAGCUGUACAAGACCAAGCCGUGCCGCCGCUGGCUCGUCCAGACCCCGCGGCAGCUCCGCAAGGGGACGAGUCCGUCGAUCAAGCACAUCCAGACCCCGGGCAGCUGCAAGAUGGGUCCGGCCUGCUUCUUCUCGCACGGGGAGGGCGACGUGUCCAGCGAGGGGGCGCCCAUCCCGGUGCCCGACUGGCUGCUGGAGCAGCUGGACCGCGAGGGCAUCAAGGUGACGGGCGAAAGCGACUCCAAUCAAUUGAGUCGUUAG